UUCUUCUCAUUCCCAUUUUUCUCAGGAAGCAGAAAGAGAGAGAGAAGCAGAGGGGGUGGAUAAGGAAAACCUGAGCAAAGGAAAUUCCUUGCAGAAGAGUGCCACUUCCCUCCUCUCUCUCUUUUUCUCCUUUUGGUAAAUUAAUAAAGGAUGGCCAGUUUUGCAGGAACCACACAGAAGUGCAUGGCAUGUGAGAAAACUGUCUACCUUGUUGAUAAGCUAACUGCUGAUGGCCGUAUCUUUCAUAAGGCCUGCUUCCGAUGCCACCAUUGCCGCAGUACCCUUAAGCUUAGCAACUACUGUUCUUUUGAGGGGGUGCUCUACUGCAGACCUCACUAUGAUCAACUCUACAAGAGAACUGGCAGCCUGGACAAAAGCUUCGAAGGAACACCAAAAAUUCAGAAACCAGAGAAACCGAUCACUGAUAAUGAGAAUACAAAGGUGCUCGCAAACGUGUUCUUGGGCACCAGAGAUAAGUGUGUGUGUUGCAAAAAGACAGUGUAUCCCACUGAGAGGAUUACUAUUAAUGGGACUCCAUACCACAAGAGCUGCUUCAAGUGCACCUAUGGAGGUUGUACUAUAAGCUCAUCAAACUUCAUCACACACGAGGGAAAGCUGUACUGCAAGCAUCACCACAUUCAACUCUUCAAGGAGAAGGGCAAUUACAGUCAGCUCGAGAAUGACCAAGUUGCUACCACGGAUGUCUCUGCUUAAUUAAUAAUGUCUAAUGUACUAGCUAGAAAUAUUGCUAGCAAUGUUGUUCCGUAUAUGCAGCAUUUUCAGUAUGACUUAUUUUGGUGGUGUCCUUUGUACAUGCAUUCAUAACCCGGGAAAGGUUGCUUUAAUUUGCUAACUCUCAGUUUUCCACU